CCCGAAUGCAAUAGACCCAUGAUUAUAGAUAUGACAUAAUAAUAGUCUUUUACACGAAUUUCCGUGUCCUUCUGUUCAAUAAAGAGGGAAUCUUUUUCGACUUUAGUAAGAACAAUUUUCUGAAAGCAUUUCGCCAUUGAAAUUCUAGCGACACUUUGAAGGAGUGCAAGUUUCUGUGCAAUGGCUUCUCUUCUUGCUUCCUUCCGAGCCCAUUCUCUUUACGGCUUCAACGUUUCCUCUUCAAGGAUCUCCGCCAAGCCUCGGGCUGUUCUUAGCAGAUCCAACCACAUGCAGGUCCCGUACGAUCUGAAGCAGGGGCAAUCUCGUAUUUUUCAUAAGCUUCCCUCCGGUCUGAGCAUGGAGGUGCUUGUGCAGAAGGGUGUUGUUACAGAAGAGGUAGAAAGGGGAAAAGACAAGAAUACAGAUUACCCACCUUUGGUGUUUGUUCAUGGAAGCUACCAUGCUGCUUGGUGCUGGGCUGAACACUGGUUGCCUUUCUUCUCUGCUUCUGGGUACGAUUGUUAUGCUAUUAGCUUGUUAGGACAGGGGGAAAGUGAUGCACCUUUAGGUUCAAUUACUGGCACACUUCAGACACACGCAAGAGAUGUUGCAGAUUUCAUCAAUAAAAAUGUCACAUCACCACCUGUAUUACUUGGGCAUUCUUUUGGGGGGCUUAUAAUCCAGUAUUAUAUUGCCACAUUAGGCAGUGACCAACUCGGAGAAAUGAAAAACUUGUACCCAAGACUUACAGGAGCUGUCCUCAUCUGCUCUGUGCCACCUUCUGGGAAUAGUGGGCUAGUCUGGAGGUAUCUCUUUUCCAAGCCAGUUGCUGCCUUUAAGGUCACACGCAGCUUGGCGGCAAAAGCCUUUCAAAACUCUCUUUCUCUUUGUCGAGAGACAUUUUUCUCAGCCACCAUGGAGGACCUUAUGGUUAAAAGAUAUCAAGAACUUAUGAAAGAAAGUUCAAGGGUGCCAUUGUUUGACUUAAGAAAGCUGAAUGCAUCCCUUCCAGUGCCUAAAGUGCCAGAUGGGUUUCUUGACAUUCUCGUUGUGGGCGCAAGUGAUGACUUCAUUGUGGAUGCUGAGGGUCUCAAAGAAACAGCAAGUUUUUAUGGCGUGCCGCCUGUAUUUGUUGAAGCUGUAGCCCAUGACAUGAUGUUGGACGUUUCUUGGGACAAGGCUGCACAAGUCAUCCUUUCAUGGCUAAAUGAUUUAGGUACGAAGGAUGCAUGAAUGAAAUUGCAAACGAAAGAAUAAUAUCAUGUUACCCUCAUUCUGUUGCAUCUCACUAUUUAUUUUCAAUUGAAGGUAAACUAGAAAAGUACACCAGUUGUUAACUAAGGUUUCCAAUAUUCGCCUUUUUAUCUGGUUAAAUCAUGUCUAGACUCUUUGCAUGUUUGUUUUUGCGUAAACAUACGUAUCAAUUUGUUUUUGCCUGUUA